GGGGGAAAAGGAGGAGGAGGAGGAGGGCCGGGGGAGGAGGAAGGAGGGAGGGGAGAGCGGUGGCGGCGGCUGCGCCCGGCUGUGUGUCUCUCGCCGCCGGAGGAAGAUGAGGCUGAAGAUCGGGUUCAUCUUACGCAGUUUGCUGGUGGUGGGAAGCUUCCUGGGGCUCGUGGUCCUCUGGUCUUCCCUGUCCUCGCGACCCGACGACCCGAGCCCACUGAGCAGGAUGAGGGAAGACAGAGAUGUCAAUAACCCCUUGCCUAACCGAGGAGGCAAUGGACUAGCUCCUGGGGAUGACAGAUUCAAACCUGUGGUACCCUGGCCUCAUGUUGAAGGAGUAGAAGUGGACUUAGAGUCUAUUAGAAGAAAAAACAAAGCCAAAAAUGAACAGGAGCGCCAUGCUGGAGGAGAUUCCCAGAAAGACAUAAUGCAGAGACAGUACCUUACCUUUAAGCCGCAGACAUUCACCUACCGUGAUCCUGUGCUACGCCCAGGGGUCCUUGGGAACUUUGAACCCAAAGAACCCGAGCCUCACGGAGUGGUUGGUGGCCCUGGAGAGAACGCCAAGCCCUUGGUUCUGGGACCAGAAUACAAACAAGCAGCUCAAGCCAGCAUCAAGGAGUUUGGAUUUAACAUGGCGGCAAGUGACAUGAUCUCACUGGACCGCAGCGUCAAUGACUUACGCCAAGAAGAAUGCAAGUAUUGGCAUUAUGAUGAAAACCUGCUUACUUCAAGCGUCGUCAUCGUCUUCCAUAAUGAAGGAUGGUCAACCCUCAUGAGGACGGUCCACAGUGUGAUCAAAAGGACACCCAGGAAGUAUUUAGCAGAAAUUGUGUUAAUCGAUGACUUCAGCAAUAAAGAACACUUAAAAGAAAAGCUGACCGAGUACAUAAAGCUGUGGAAUGGCCUUGUGAAGGUGUUCCGAAAUGAGAGGAGAGAAGGCUUGAUCCAGGCUCGGAGCAUCGGCGCUCAGAAGGCUAAGCUGGGACAGGUUUUGAUAUACCUUGAUGCCCACUGUGAGGUGGCAGUUAACUGGUAUGCACCGCUCGUAGCUCCCAUAUCUAAGGACAGAGCUACAUGUACUGUGCCUCUAAUAGAUUACAUAGACGGGAAUGAUUAUUCCAUUGAACCACAGCAAGGUGGGGACGAAGAUGGUUUUGCCAGAGGGGCCUGGGACUGGAGUAUGCUAUGGAAACGUAUUCCACUAAGCCACAAGGAAAAGGCCAAAAGAAAACAUAAAACUGAACCUUAUCGGUCUCCCGCUAUGGCUGGUGGAUUAUUUGCCAUUGAGAGGGACUUCUUCUUCGAACUGGGUCUCUAUGAUCCUGGUCUCCAGAUUUGGGGUGGUGAAAACUUUGAAAUCUCCUACAAGAUCUGGCAGUGCGGUGGCAAAUUGUUGUUUGUGCCUUGUUCUCGUGUCGGGCACAUCUACCGUCUAGAGGGUUGGCAAGGAAAUCCUCCACCCCUUUACGUUGGCUCUUCUCCGACUCUUAAGAAUUAUGUGCGUGUUGUGGAAGUCUGGUGGGACGAAUAUAAAGACUACUUCUAUGCUAGCCGUCCUGAGUCCAAGGCGCUACCUUAUGGGGAUAUCUCUGAGCUGAAGAAAUUUCGAGAAGAUCACAACUGCAAAAGUUUCAAGUGGUUUAUGGAGGAAAUCGCUUACGACAUCACUGCCCACUACCCUUUGCCACCCAGAAAUGUUGAGUGGGGGGAAAUCCGAGGCCUCGAGACUGCAUACUGCAUUGAUAGCAUGGGAAAGACGAACGGAGGCUUUGUGGAGCUAGGACCCUGCCACAGGAUGGGCGGGAACCAGCUUUUCCGAAUCAACGAAGCAAAUCAGCUCAUGCAGUACGACCAGUGUUUGACCAAGGGACCCGACGGAUCCAAAGUCAUGAUUACUCACUGUAACCUAAAUGAAUUUAAGGAGUGGCAGUACUUCAAGAACCUGCACAGGUUUACGCACAUCGCCUCAGGAAAGUGCUUAGAUCGCUCCGAGGUCCUCCAUCAAGUGUUCAUCUCCAGCUGUGACAACGGUAAAAUGACUCAGAAGUGGGAGAUGAAUAACAUCCACAGUGUGUGACGGGAACGGAAGAAGCCAACAGUCCACCUGCGGACAAGUACAUUUACGGAGGACUGAAAUCCGCCUGAAACCUGCUGCAACCAUUAUUGUUAAUUUUGUACAGCUCCAAACCUGGGGCCUCUCUGAUCAGUUGGAAGGGGCGUUGAUAAACUGUGAUUUUUACAAUAAUAUUAUCAUCUGCAGUUACUGUUUACAAAACUGCUCUUACCUUAAACUCUAGAUGUUUACAUCGUUUUUGUUUUGUUUCGUGAUGAUGUCAGUAAUUUGUACCUUUAACUCGGUGUCCUGAACCUCCGAGUUAAAGCGUUAUGUUGUCUUCUUUGGGAAUACACUCAGGGGUCUAGAAGGCAGUUUGGUAUUUUCGUUGUUGAUGUUGUUCUUGUUUUUUUAACACACUUGAAAACAAACAAGGGUUGGAGUAAGCAGACUUUCACAUCCGACUUGGUGACGAUCAACCUGCUGUAUAUUUAAUUUUACAUCUUUCGGAAGCAUUGCCACGGGUUGUUGGCCAAGGCGGCCUUCCUUCAGUCACGCUGCUGUUUGAAAGGUGAAAUUCAACACAUUUAGUGCCUCUUUGAUUUCUCAGUAUAUUUUUUGAGAGCUUCUAGUGAAAUUUCUAUGCUGGUAACCAUGAAUGGUAACAGUGAAUGUCACCUGGGGAAUCCGCCUGUUACUCACAUGUGAAUUUCUUGGCUAUGAAGUGGAACGUUGUAUGGCAGGAUCAAGGACCACAGUGGGGACAAUCAAGGCCCUUCAGUGGGGCAGAUUCUAUGGCAUUACCUCCCUAGCCUGCUGAUGUUCUUAAAGCCCUCAGUUCACACCAACUUCAGGCUAGCAAAGGGGUCUUCCUUCUGAAAAGAGGGGUUGGAUUUUGCCCAUCUACAUUUACAUCUGCUUCCCCCCCAGUACCAGUCACUCUAGAAAAUGAGAAAUAAUUCUGUGAAGGGCGGUUUGAGGGUCAGGAAAACAACACAACAAAGCCCUCCUGUGAACGAAUGCCCUAGGUUGGGCCUGAGGUAAGAAUUCCCGCGUCCUUGUGAGAGGGAAGCCUUAGGAAGAAAGCCCAGCCCAGCACAAGCUGUGGACGAGAUGAGCUGACACUUCGUUUUGUCUUCAUUCAAAGGAAAUUCCAUGCGCAUUCUUUUUAUUUUAGGAAAAUUAGUAUCUAAUUUUCUAUUCUUAGAUCUUAUUAUCUAAGAAGACAAAUCAUCAACAAAUGUGGGCUACAUUCUGCUAAGUUAGAUGCUAGUUCUGUAAGGUCCUUAAUUUGUUUUUAGGAAGUAUAAAUUUUUUUAUAUUCUCCAUGGAAAAGAAGAUUUAAUUUGAACGUUUAUUAAGACAAUACCUACUGGGGUUGGGGAUUUAGCUCAGUGGUAGAGCGCUUGCCUAGCAAGCGGAAGGCCCUGGGUUCGGUCCCCAGCUCGGAAAAAAAGAAAAAGGAAAAAAAACAAAAAAACAAAAAAAAAAAACAAUACCUACUUUAAGAGAGAACCAAAUGUUGCAAACUUUAGUUUCUAGGAAGUCUUCUAUUAUCCCCCACCCCUAACCCCCAAAUUAAAAUGUCUACAUUGAGUGCCAAAAAAGAAAGGAAAGAAAAGAAAAGCAGUGUGGUGAGCUGGGGCCUGUUAAGCAUUUUUGAUCAUGUAAUCAUGGUAUCAAUGACAAACUACUGCCAGAAAGAAAUAUUUUUAAUUAAAGCUUAAGGGGGAAAAACGGAAGAAAAAAAGUCUACAUUUUUUGGGAGAAAAACAUACGAUUAUUUUUCUUCCAACUUUAAUUCAUCAAUUUGGACAGUAAAAAUUAAACAUCCUGAACAGUUUUAUUUAUAAUCUUGAAUUGUCAAUUUGUACUUUGCUAUUGACCUGUGAUCAACUAUUUAAACUUUCAUCUCUAGGGUUAUUUAAAGAAGAAAUGCAUUUAUAUGCUUAUACAAUUGCAAAUAAAUCCAUUAUAGAAAGGAAGCUAAGAGGACUGGUAAUUACUUGUACGUUAGAAAUUGACACCAUUUUCCCUGUUAAAUAGAUUUGAACCUCAUAUCUAUGCAUAGGCUAAGAAAGGUGGCCCAUGAAGUGUGCAUGUAAUUUUAUGGGUAAAUUAAAUUGUUUUUAGUACAAUUUGUUAGGAUACGCUAUAAACACGAUUCUGUAUAUCGAAAUCAGAAACCUUGCCACACAUGGAAACAUCAGAAGCUGCCGCCAUAAUGACUAUUUUAUACUUCAGGCUGCUUUGGGAACAGUCCCCAUACCCUUGCUUUGUAAGUUGAUAAUACCACUAUGCAUUUCUACACAUUUUAUAAAUUUGAUUUAUGCAGAUUUUGAUACACUGUAUGUUUCUGUAGAAAUUGUACAAAUAUUCAAAAUUUUACUAGGAUAAACUUGAGAAGCUUAUGUAUAACUUAAUUCUGGGUUGCUUGUUUUAUAGGUGAGGAAAAAUAAAAUACUGUAUUUUAAUCCAUAA